CACUCCACUCCAGCAGGUGGUGAUAGUGUAAAAAUGUGUUUCGAAAAAGAGCGCGUGGAACGGGAAAAACAACACUUGCUAGCAGCUACUCAGCUAGAUAACAAACAAAAAUGUUGCCUAACAUAAAAUCAUUGAGAAUGUUGCUUAACAGGCGAUUAAAAGCGGCUGUCGACGAGCUAUUCGGGGCAGUUGAAACAACGAUAGCAGAGUACCAGCAAGAAUUAUGCCGUUCAAAAGAGGAGAAAGACCGAACGAUAGCAGAGUACCAGGAAAAAAUGUCCCGUUCGGAAGAAGAGAACGCCCGGCUACAGAGGCUGCUGGAUGUCGUUCUUAAACCAGAAGUAAAGUUACAGAGACUAGAAGACCUCCAGCAGCUCACUCUCUCCAUCUCUGAAGAGGUUUCUCCUGAGCAGCAGGAUUGUAGUCCUGGUCUGGGGCAGGAGGAACCUUCUCAGAUUAAAGUGGAACAGGAGGAGCUAUGGGUCAUCAGUCAGGGACAAGAGCAGCUUCAAGCGAUGGAUUAUGAUACUGAUGAUACUGAUGAUUCUGCUGAUACAGAAGCCUUCAUAUCUACUGCCAGAGUAAAAGGUGACUGUAAUCAGAACCCAAGUCAGUCCUCACAUCUUUACCAAGUUGUAACCCAACGUGAAGAAAACACAGACAGGGAUGAGCUACCUAGCACCACAAUGCAAAUUGAACAGAUUAAAACAGAAAAUGUCAGUAACAGUGACUCUCAGCCCCCAUCUGCAGUCAAUUCAGACUGGUCUGAAACUCAGAUUGAGAGUGUUGAUUGGAUGGAGAGUGAAGGACCUCCACUCAAGUCAAAGAGAACACAGACAGAAGUUGGACCAAGAUUCUGUACUAAAGUCAGAGAAUCCACAGAGUUGUCCCAUUUAAAAUCCCCUAUCCCCGGUAAUGCUGUUCGUCAUUGUAGAAUAUGUGCAAAACCUUUUAUCACCAUGACGUCUCUAGUGAUUCAUGCCCAUAGACAUAGACAACUAUCUCGGUGUGGUAUCUGCGGAAGAACCUUUGAGUCUGUAGAAAGUUUGAAAGAACAUCUACAUUUUCAUGUUGCAAGUACAGGAUCACUUUCUUGUUACAUCUGUGGUAUAUGCUUCACAGAGGAUGAGGAGUUUUUGCUGGAAGAGCAUAUGAGCAAUCACAAACUGUAUCGCUGUCUUGGGUGUAAAGAACGUUUUCGUCGUGAUCAACUUGAUUAAAACACCACAGCAGUUUUUGCUAAAGAAGUGACUCUGGUAAAAUGUUGCCGUUCCAUAUCCUAGUAAAGGAAGCCUGAGUGAGGCCCAAUGCAGUCUGCGUAUCCUGAAAUGUAUUUUUUAAAAUAUCAAAAAAACUAUUGAAUGGAAAGUGUACCUUCUAAUGCAUCGUUACCAUAUGUACUCAAAAAGCUGGUUUCUCAGACAGAGAUUAAGCCUAAUCCUGGACUAAAAAGCACUUUAAAUGGAUAUUACGCUAUUUUAAAAGGAAAGAUUAUAACCACAAAUAGGUGUUGCUCCUGCUACUUUUUCUUAUUGGGGAUGAAUCUGUCUGAGAAACCAUUCCAACAUUUAUCAUGAAGGGCUAGAGAAAAGGUUACUUACUUGAUCACCACACAAACCACAGCUGCCAACACAACCACCAUGAGAACCAGCAGAGCUGCCACCACACUCAGAAUGCUGGUCAGAAGCAGGUCUUAGGAACAGGAACACACACACAGGUUAGUAUUCACUGACAUACCAUUAUCAACCCACUCACUAACAUAAUGUUUCAAAUCUGGAGGCUGAUAACGCUUAUUAUAGAAAACAUUAGGAACACUCCAUGACAGACUAACCAGAUGAAUCCAGGUGACAGCAAUGAUCCCUUAUUGAUGUCACUUGUUAAAUCCACUUCAAUCAGUAGAUGAAGGGGACAAGACAGGUUAAAGAAUGAUUUUUAAACCUUGGGCAAGAACGGUAUGGUAGUAGGUGCCAGGCAUAUUGGUUUGUGUCAAGAACUGCAAUGCUGCUUGGGGUUUUCACGCUCAACAAUUUCCCCUGUUUGUCAAGAAUGGUCCACCACCCAAAGGACAUCCAGCCAACUUGACUCAACCAGGGCCGGUCCUUGCCGUUCUGCCGCCUGUCGUAGAAUUACAACAUGUUAAUCACAUCACUUUAAUAUUAGAAUGUAUCCCUAUAUUAGUACAUUCAGACUGUUAUAUCUAAUAGGCAACAGAAUAGUGUUCUUAGAACAGUGUUCUUAGAGGAGCCUUUGAGAUUUUAACGCUGACAGUAGAUUUACGAUGGCUUGGUAAUAAGACAUUCCAUGAUUAGUGUCUGUGUGCCUGUAUGUCGGUGCCAGGGAGACCCAAUCUCCUUUUUCUCUCCCAUAUGCAGAUGAACACUGAACUUAAAUAAUUUCAGCGAAUGACCUCGUGUCUAUGUUACAUUACUAUUUCUGUAUAAACAAGCAGUAAACGACCUUGAGACAGAAACCUGUUGCGAUGUAACCGUGAUGUUUUUGCAUGAGAGCAAAAUGUACCUUUGUAUAAAUUCAUUCAUCUGUGAUUUGUCAUGAACAUCCAGGAGGAUAGACUUUGCUAUAAAAUGCUGUGGCUUAGUCCCGCUGGUUGAGUUCUCAGGGAUCACCUCCAGGGUGGUUACUGACCAAUUCCAUUACUGCACUAAUUAAAUAAUAAAGUUAAAUUGUUUUGAAGAAA